AUGCUGAAGAUGGAUCUGACAGGGUCUAUGAGCAUGUCUCCAAAUGGGAAUGUCGUGUUGAGGCCUCGAGUGGGCGAGGCGCCGGACAGCUCGCCCUGGGUGGUGGACGAGGAGCAAAAAGGUGGCAAUGGACGGCAAUCAAGGAUGGACUGCUGUUGUCCCAUAGCUGCCAAAGUUCACAAUCGCUGGGCCGGCAUGUUUCUUCCCACUUCUGCGGUGCAGACGGUCGCCGUACCGGUCUCAUGA